AUGGCGUCUGCUGCAGAGAUCCGUGACAGCGUCUCGACCAUUGCCCUCCCCGUCCUGGGCCAGAAGAGCCAGCAGCAGUUCAUCAUCGAGUCGGCCUUCUCCUGGCUGCCGAUGCUGUCUGUCGGCCGCCACCUGUUGACACUGCCGGUGUUUUGCACAGUCGUACUGCUGCAGCUGGCAGUGCUGGCCAUUGUCAAAAAUGGCCUUGUUCGAAGCUCGUGCCCGGAAAUGGCCAAGACGAAGCCAACGUCGCUCGAUGGCCGAAGCCAGAAGCUGUCAAAGCCGGCGUGGAAGCCCAAGGAAGAGGCAGGGCCAAGCCUGAGGCCGGCAUCUCCCCCCAAGCAGAAUCCAUGGCAUCAGCGCUCGACAGCUCCGACAGUGCCAAAUGUGAAACAGCCUCCCAAAUCGCUUCAGAAGCCGCUGGCGGAGGAGGAGUUCCCAGAGCUCAAGACAGGCGACAGUGCGGCCGACGACCCUUUGCCCAGCAAAGAGGCGCAAAGAGAGCCAUCUCCAUCAUGCAACGUCUCCAAAUCCAGUUGCUCGACAAAUGAAACACAUUCCGACGAGUCGAGAUCUGCCGUGUCUCGACUCAGCACGCCGACGAGGUUGAUUUUGGAAGAAGCCGCAGAUCAGGCUGCCAAGAUCCUCUGGAGACAUCCUUUUGGCUCCAAUGUCUACUUAUACGUGGAAAGCAGUGUGUUCCAGCUGCAUCGCGACAUACUAAUGCGACACUCAGGCUGGUUUCGCGACAAGCUUCCUCCGCCAAACCAGGAUGGAUCGCCAGUCGAGAUACACCUGCCUCACGCUGUUGGAGCGGUGCAGCCUUGCCUUUUCUUCAUGUAUACCAAGAAUCUCGAUAUUUGCGAGAGAAUCAUCUGCCAGCCGCUCAACUUUAUACACAUCCCACGGUGCGUGCUUGCUUACUGCGCAGCCGUCAACUUCCAGAUCCCGACAAUGGCAUCGCGCAUUCUCGGCAUCCUAGAGGAGACGGCCAAAGACCUUGCCGCGUACCUCAACUCCUACUUUAUCUACAGAGAGAUGGAUUUCAAGACCAGCAAGUCCAUGGCGAACUACUUUGUCAACUCCCUCGAUAUCCUAUACUCCGAACCGUUGUUUGAGCUCAUGAAGCCGAUUCGGCAGGCGCUUGCCGGUAUUUUGGAUGCAUUGCUGCCAUCCUUGCUCCGGCAACCAUACUUUCCAGAGAUGCUGUGCAUGCCGGGCUGGAAGCGGUGGUCGGCGGCCAUUGCGGCGGACCAGGUCGAGUACCGAGCUGCGCUUGGCCAUGGCCCGUCGGCAACGGAGUCUGUUCUGCCAACCGAGGCUGAGCUGAAGGCGCUCUUUGAUCGUGUGCUGGGGAAGUCCUGCGAGAGAAACGACAACAACAACAACAACAAUGGCGCAGAGAAGGGCCCUAGUAAAGGCGCAAGAAAUAGUCCGAAGAAGGAGACCCGGAAAGAGGUUUCUGAUGAAAGCGGAGAACAAGACAAUGCUUCAACAACAUCUCGAUCCCCGAGAAAGAAGAAGAAGAAGAAGGCCGACAGCAAGGACUUGGGUAAAGCCAGGGUUCCGAGAGCAUCGAGCACUGUGGGAAGCACAGGCAGCGAGGCAGGCACCUGGAGCUCAUUGGGGGCAGAUGACGCUCGAUCAGAGCUGGGGAGGCCUUCGCCCACCAUGAGCGGCUCUAUCAUACACGGGAGAGCCACUGCCGGCAGGGGCCGAAGAACGAGUCCUACAAAGUCAACGAGGUGAAGACCAACCAAAUAUAUCGGGUCAAAUGGAGGAGGAGUGAAGGAGUUUAUAAAUCGUCUUGCGAAUGCAAUAUGGGCUUGGAAAGCACAUGGACGAGCGCUACCAGCUG